AUGAAAGAGAAAACAUAUAGAGAAAGAUGUAUUGUUGAUUACAGAAUCCAAGAAAUGGAGCAAGAAUACGGAGAAGCGAGAAAUUAUGGAAGGUAUGACAAGAAGCGAGAGUGUUAUGUUCAUCCAAGCAAAGUAGUGUAUAACGACGUUCUUGCAGUAAUCCCUCUAUCCGGCGAGUACUAUUCAAAUGUCGCAAAAAAUAAAGAUUAUGUGAAAAAGCUGGAUAAAAUUAUCAGGGAUGUCAUGACAGCAAGUCUAAGACAAAGAGAUGAAGAGAGGAUGAAGAAGAAUGGUGAUGAUCUGGUGGAUGAAUUGAAGAAGGUUGCUGAGGAAGAGAAAGUGGAAGUGGAAAAAGAAGAAGAAGAAGCAGUUGGUAAAGAAGAACUGAAACCAGCAGAAGAAGCUGUUACUGAAGAACAACAAAAUGAAGAGGAUUUGAAGAAGAAAAAAUAG